AUGGCGAUUCCACCGAACGUGCUCAUCCGCGCCCUCGUCGCCUUCGAGGAUGUCAUUAUCCGACAGGUUCGCGACCCCUCCACCCCCUCCGGCUCCUCUGCAAGCAUCGCGAGCGGCAUCGCAGAUCACCUGCUAACGCCUUAUGUCCCACAGAUCCUCCGGAGCCCCGGUUUCCAUCGCGGCGUAGGUCGCAUCCAACGGUUCGUCGACGAGAAACAGAACGGCCCGAUGCCCCACGAGCCCUUGCGACAAGGACAGGCGUCAGCCGAUCCUGAAGGGAAAGGCUUCGCUCACCACUUCUUCCAGGAGCUCAAAAACCAGCUUCGUGGCACUUCGACAGACUCGCCGCCGCCUGGACCGCCCAAGCGAUCUUCUUCGACCAGUGCCGCCCCGACAGCAUGCUCCGGCAGCUUCACGGACAUCUCCGCCGUCGACUACGUCAAGGCAAUGAACCCGGGAUGGAACCUCGGCAACACUCUCGACGCCAUCCCCAACGAAGGAUCGUGGAACAAUCCGCCUGUCAAGGCGGAGACGUUUGAUGACAUCAAGGCCGCCGGUUUCAAGAGCGUUCGGAUUCCUGUUACAUACAGCGAUCACUUCACCAGCGCAGCACCAAACUACACCGUUGAUCCCGCCUGGCUUCAACGCGUGUCCGACGUCGUUGAUAUGGCCACCGCCCGCGGCCUCUACGUCCUCACAAACGUCCACCAUGACUCCUGGAACUGGGCCGACGUUACACAGGCCACGACAGACGACGCCAAAAAGGUCCUUAACGAUAAGUUCUACGCAGUCUGGCUCCAGAUCGGCAAGAAGUUGGCCUGCAAAUCAAACCUUGUCUCCCUCGAACCCAUCAAUGAGCCGCCUGCCACCACAGCCGAACACGGUGCCCACCUCAACACCCUUAACGAGCUUUUCCUAAAGGCCCUGGCGGACAGCGGCGGCUUUAACACUCGUCGCGUAGUGAACUUAGUAGGCGGUGGAAUGGACGGCUACAAAACUACGGACUGGUUCAAGGCUCCUGCCUCGAUAAAAAACCCUUGGGCUAUUCAGUACCACUACUAUUCACCCUAUGACUUCGUCUUCGCAGCGUGGGGCAAGACGAUUUGGGGCAGCGAUGCAGACAAGGCGGCAAUGAAGACUGAUCUGAGCGUCGUGCGAGGCAACUUCACCGACAUUCCCCUGAUCAUCGGAGAAUUCGAUGCCAGCCCGCUGAAUACCGAGCCCGCGGCACGAUGGAAGUGGACGGACCACUUUGUCCGUACCGCAACUGAACUCAACACGGCGAUCAUCAUCUGGGAUAACGGGCUGGACCACCUUGAUCGGAACACGCAUACCUGGCGCGACCCGACAUCCCUCGGCAUCGUCAAGAAUGCGGCCAAGGGAGUCAAGAAUUCCCUGCCAGACAGUACCGUCGAUGCAGCGACGACCACGCAGUCCUCGUCUGCCUUCGUGUGGAACAAGGUUGGAGAGACGCCCAAGGACACGACAUUGCCGUGGCUUUUCAACGGAAAUACUCUCAAGAGCGUCAAGACCAACACCGGAGCCGCGCUCGCUGUCGACAAAGACUACAGCGUGACAUCUUCCUCAAUCACCUUCAAGGCCAGUUCCCUGAACCAGUGGCUUUCUGCCACGGCAGCCCCCGGAAGCAAGGCGAACUUGACGGUGGAGUUCUCAGCAGGUUCGACGGUGCAGGUGGAGGUCAUACAGUGGGAUGUGCCUCGUCUCUCCGCUACCAGCAGUAAGGCUGUUUCUGGGGCGGAUCUGAAUAUCCCGAUCGAGUACAAGGGGUUGAAGAUGCCGGCUGCCGUGAAGGCCUUGAGGAGCGAUGGCGUCUACCUAUUUGAUGACUGGACCCAGUAUCUUGGCCCGCUUCAGCAGGCUCACAUCACCUUCAAUGGCCAGUGGCAGUAUGACGGCGAAAAGGUGAUAUUGCCACAAGCCACUGUCCAGGCUGUCAUUACCAGCGGCAAAUCGACGGUGUUUACUUUCGAGUUCUACCCUCGUGUCCCGGGAAACAAUGUCACAUACACCCUGAACCCUUGA